AUGACGUCUCUCAGGCCAUGGAAAUCACUCAAACGAAACGCCAUAUUCGAUGGGGGGAAAUGUGGGUUCAAGGGUACGCAGCUGCCCAUGAUGGUGGCUCUUUGUACAGGCAUGUUGUUUAUUGUGUAUAGGACCACACUUUUUCAGUAUGAGCACACGGAGAUGGAAGUGAAAAUGCAUCCCUUUGACUCGAUAAAGGCAUCAGCUUUUGCGUCUGGGUUGUUGAAUAAUCUGCCCCGUGGUAUAGUACGACCGAACUCGGAUAUGGAGUUGAAGCCUUUAUGGUCGAGUAGUUCGAGGUCAAAGACAGAGGUUGAUGCUUCUAAUCGUCGCUACUUGCUGGCGAUGCCCGUUGGCAUUACACAGAAGCGUAACGUUGACACUGUUGUCCAAAAGUUUCUUCCAGAAAAUUUUACAGUUAUGCUAUUCCAUUAUGAUGGUAACCUUGACGGAUGGUGGGAUCUUGAAUGGAGUAGCAAAGCUAUACAUAUAGUUGCUCAUAAUCAAACGAAAUGGUGGUUUGCAAAGCGGUUUCUGCAUCCAGCUGUCGUCUCUAUAUAUGAUUACAUAUUCCUCUGGGACGAAGACCUGGGCGUGCAGCAUUUUAAUCCAGCAAGGUACCUGGAUAUUGUGAGGUCAGAAGGAUUGGAAAUAUCUCAGCCCGCUCUGGACCCAAAUUCUACAGAGAUACACCAUAGGAUCACCAUCCGAGCGAGAAUGAAGAAGUUUCAUAGGAGAGUCUAUGAUGUUAGAGGCAAAGUUAAGUGUUCGGAUUCCAGCGAUGGACCACCGUGUACAGGAUUUGUAGAAGGAAUGGCUCCAGUCUUUUCAAGAUCUGCCUGGUAUUGUGCCUGGCAUCUUAUACAGAAUGAUCUCGUGCAUGGAUGGGGGAUGGAUAUGAAACUUGGAUACUGUGCACAAGGGGACCGGACGAAGAAGGUAGGAGUGGUUGAUCGAGAGUACGUUGUUCACAAAGGAAUACAAUCGUUGGGUGGGAGUGGAAAGAAGAGCUCGAGUAAUGACGAAUCAAGCAAGAGGCACAGUGGAGGCUUGGAUCCUCGGAUGGAGAUUAGGAGGCAGUCGACAUGGGAGCUUCAAAUAUUCAAGGACCGUUGGAACAAAGCCGUUAAAGAAGACAAGUUCUGGGUUGAUCCCUUUAGAAGUAUCCGACGCCGCAAACCCAUCUCCGACAGGCGCGAUAAGGAGAAACGUAGCCACCAUCACUAG